AUGGGUCGCAUCAGUGAGAACUUCGGGGUGCUCUAUCUCGGUGUCGCUGUCGGCGUCUAUUUUAAACCGGAAUAUGCCAUAUGGAAUUCCCGGGUUGCAACGAUGAUGAUCCUGAUGGUGAUCGUCACCGCAUCCAAGUUAAUAUAUCAGCUCUUCCUUUAUCCUGCGCUGUUCACGCCAGCUAAGCACAUUCCCACUCCAUCAAAACGACAUUGGCUCACUGGAAACACUACGUCGUAUUUUUUUGAAACUCCAUACGAGCACAUGCGAAGAUGGAUUCGCACCAUGCCCAAUGAGGGUCUCAUCCGAUUCUACAUUGUUGGCAACCUCGAGCGGAUCCUGUUGACGAGCCCCAAGGCCUUGAGCGAAUUACUGGUCACCAAAAAUUAUGACUUUGAGAAGCCAUUGACGGUUCGACAAAGUCUGCGCCGGGUCGUCGGCGAUGGUAUCCUUCUAGCUGAGGGUGACGAACAUAAGCUUCAACGCAAGAACCUUAUGCCGGCAUUUGCUUACCGCCAUAUCAAAGACUUGUACCCUGUCUUCUGGGCCAAGAGCGCGGAAAUGGUGCGGCGAAUCCAGCAGGACAUCGAAAGCAGAGACUCCACCGCAGACAACACCAUUCAGGUCCGCGACUGGGCCAGCCGAGCCACGCUCGACAUCAUUGGUGUGGCUGGCAUGGAUCAUGAUUUCGAUUCACUUCGAGACCCGGGCAACACGUUGAGCAAAUCAUACAAGCGAAUCUUCGUCAGCCCGGGCCUAACCACCAAAAUCUUGUUUGUCGUUGCAAUGCUGCUUGGCAACGUGGAAGUGAUCACGAAGCUACCCACAAAGCGCAACAGAGAUAUAUACGAGGGCGGUGAAGUUGUUCGCAAUGUCGCCCGCCAGAUGAUCCGUGAAAAAAAGGCAAAGAUGAAAGACCCCAACGCCACGGCAGGAGUUGAUAUCAUCUCCGUUGCUAUGAAGAGCGGCACAUUUAAUGAAGAGAACCUUGUCGACCAGUUGAUGACCUUUCUGGGCGCCGGCCAUGAAACUACUGCGACGGCGAUGCAGUGGGCUGUAUACGCACUCUGCAAGAACCCAGAAGUCCAGACUCGUCUGCGCGAAGAGAUCCGCGCCAAUCUCCCAUCCGUCUCCGAGGAAAAUUCAACCAUCGACGCCGCCACACUCGACAAUCUACCCUACCUCCACGCAGUCUGUAACGAAGUUCUUCGCUUCCAUCUAUCAGUCCCCUCCACCGUUCGUACAGCAGUCAAGGAAACAACGCUCGUCGGCAAAGUCAUCCCUAAAGACACAAUACUCGUCAUCUCACCUGAGAUCCUCAAUCACAUGGAAGAGCUGUGGGGACCGGAUGCAGACAAAUUCAACCCAGAUCGAUUCAUGGGUCCUGGGAUGGCCAAUACCGGUGGCGCGAUUAGUAAUUAUGCUUUCUUGACUUUCCUGCAUGGCCCACGCAGCUGUAUUGGUCAGGGUUUCGCAAAAGCGGAACUCGCUUGUUUGCUUGCUACCACGGUUGGGAGGUUCCAUAUGGAGUUAAGGUAUCCUGACAAGAAGUUGGAGGUCAGGGAGGGUGCGACUGUCUCGCCAAAGGAUGGUGUUUUGGCUAUAUUCACUCCACUAGAGGGGUGGUAA